AUUCACCGUCGUCGCCUUCCAAUGGGAUGCCUUCUCCUGCUUUCUUUUUAUCUCUAUUUCUUCUCAAUCCCUUCUUAAGUCCGUCCGUGUCCGUCUAAUUUCGCUUUUCAUCACUCUACAAAAUCUGGACGACACCUCUCUCUUACCCAAUAUCAAAAUCCGGUGUUUGAAAUCUGACUAUAUCGUUUUGAGCUUCGAUUAGCAUAUAGUCUGCUGAAGGAACUUCGUCUCCAAAGCCUAUUCUGAAUCGAUAGUUUCUAUUGGUGGUUGUGGGUUUUUGAUUCCAUGCUUUCAAUUGGUGCUUGUGGGUUUUUGAUUCCAACCAUCUUCUUCCAGGGAUUCCAAUUUUCCACAGCUUCCAACGUUUUUGAUCAAAAUAAAAUUGCUAUUACACUUAUCCGUUUUGUAUCUCAAACAAUCGAUUCCAAACAGAAACAGAAAAGAAGAAGCAAGUAUGCCUUCAUGUUAUCCUAAUAAGUAGAUUUGCGCUGCAUUCUGACCUCUCGAAGCCUGAGAUGCAAGCUUUCAUCCAUGAGGCGUGCAACCCACUUGAUAUGGAGAUUUGAAGGAGAGUUUUACUAUGCAUACCAACUGGUCGAUGAAAUGCUUGAACCCGGAUAUUUCAUUUGAUGGGUGAUUUGUGCAAAUGUGAAGAUAGACAAGUCAGUUUUUUUCUUCUGGAAACAUGGCAAAAAGGUUAUUAUUAGGCUCACAUAAUAUAAUAUGCCACAUUACUCCACCUAUUAUCUCCCACUCACCCAAAAAAAUCAACUCUAAUUUUCCCAUUGUAUUGGAGCGUUUGAGACGUCUUGAUGAAAUUGUGCUUCUGAUGCAUGAGACAAUGUUUGACACGAAACUGGAGCAAAACAUCACUCUUAUGUUAAUUCAUCGACCUUGCUACAAGGAGGAAGCUUCAAGAUUUGACCAUUGGUCCAAUUAUUAUUUUCACAAUGGAGGCUAUACUAGCUCGCAUGAACAAAUUGCUUGAGAUUUCUGAAUCAAAGAAUCAAGGAAGGAAUGGAAUUAUUCAUUCCGUUGCCAGAUGGAAUGGCAUUGACCAUUCCGUUCUUUGUGUUUUGUUAAUUUUUCAUUCUUUACCGAGUAAAUGUUUUUCUUUUUCUUUUUCACUUUCUCAUGGAAUGUCAUGGAUAAAUGCAACAUAAACAAAUUCUGUUUAUAUAACUUUUAGUGCCAUUUUGAAAAAAUUAUUUCUAGC